CUCGAUUUUUGUCUCGUCUGUUCUGUCUGAACAACAAUCCGAAAAUUUUGAAGAUAUAAUUUUUGUUUUCGGUUUUUGAAGUUAUCACAGAAAUUCGUUUAUAUAAUUGAUUAUUAAUCUGAUCAGAUGUAUAAUCUGUUAUACUCUUAGAAAGGUAGUCAACUGGUUGAAACAUUUGUUUCCUGUUAUAGUAUUUUAAUUUAUAUAUCAAACAGACUUAGAAAUAUCAAUGUUCAAAAAUCGAGUAUAUUUCUGACAGUAGGAAAACAAAUAUUUAACUCAUGAGUAAGAAAGGUGAUGACUCAUGGGUGCUUGUUGGCAAGGAUGGGCGUACCCAUGAUCUUUCUCAUGGGAUGAUAUUUAUUGGAAGAGAAGAAUGUGAUAUUGUUUUACAGGCUGCUAGUGCUGACAAGAGACAUGCUGUUUUAUGUUACAACAAUGGUGAACAGAAAUUUCACAUCAAAGAUUUAAACAGUCUGACUGGGACUUAUGUGAAUGGAAUUAGAAUUCCUGAGCAGACAUAUGUAAAAUUGAAACGUCUGGAUUGCAUUAGAUUUGGAUAUGGACCUGAUGUUUUUUAUUUGGAAAAGAGCACCAGUGCAACUUCUCCCAGUAAAGAAGAAGCUCCGAAAUCUCCUGAAAAAGAAGGUGAAAAGAUUGUUUCAGAAGAAACUUUAAAAGGCGAGAAAGCACCUUCAAAACCAGAAGAAUCUUCUAUUAAGAAACCUUCUCUUAGUUCUGAAUUGCCAAGUUUGACUAGAGAAGACAACCCUCCAGACACAUUGCCUUUGAAUCUCCCUAAUACAAAGCAACAAGACAAAGAUUGGGAUUGGAUUGGACAAGAUGGUGCUCUCUCUGAUAGCCCUGAUUAUAGCCAAAGGAGUGAAACAUCCUCAUGUUCUGCCCCUCCAAAUUGUGGAACUACAACUGGCGAUGAACGUGAUACUGGAUCUGCUCAUUCAUCCCCUGCAGCUACUGCAUUCACUAUUGCUUUUGAAACUGAAGCAAAUACUCCUAGGAAAAAGCUUGGAAUUAGAGAUAGUAUUAGUAAAUUUGCUCCUACUAAACUGGAUUCUGAAAAUAGAGUUUCAUUUCAAAAAAGUAGCAAAACAGAACCAAGUCCAAAAAAACUACCAUUAACUGAUGCAAAACCACCCAUUCCAAAAGCUAGAACUCAAUUUGGUACUGCUGAUUUGAAAGAUAUCAAUGAAGAAAUUGGUAAGAUCACAGAUUCAACAUCAUUUUUAAUUAAGAAAAUGUUAAAUGGUGAAGUAUCUCCUGAGGCUCCUGAUGAACUAAACAAUAAAGAGAAGCAUCCAUCUGGUCCAAAUGAUGUGGAUGAGCGUAGUGAGGCAGGCACUUAUACUGUUGAAACGGAACAGGCUGACUGUGAUGUGGAAGAAGCUCGGAAGAAGAUAGAUGAAGUCUUUGGGGUUAUUCAGCUAUCAAAUUCUGUUCAGUCGUCUUCGUAUUCUUCAAGCACAACUUCAUCCUCUAACAAGCAGAUUCCUCGGUUGAAUGGACGUCUCAAACAGCCCAUUUUAAAAACGCCAAUAAAUCCUAAACGAGAAUCUGGCAUGAAUUGGAGCUCAACUGGUAAAACUUAUGGUCGUGCAAGAGGUCAGGGUCCUACACCUGCAGCCUCAACUGAGAGCCUUAAUCAUAGUGAUACUCUGCCAAGAUCUCUACAACGCACUCGUAAAAUUUCAGAUCCUCCAUCUACUCCAGAUAGGACUCGACGAAAUAAAUUGGCCACUUCCCCUAAAUCGCCUGGAAAAGUGAAAACACCUUCCACCUUGAAAUCUCCUGGCUCAUUAUCUAAUAAUUUAUCUGCUGCUCCAUCUAGUAGGGAAUCCUUAAAUAGAGAUGAAAUGACGCGAAGACACUCAACUGAUAGUCGAUCCGAAGGCUCCAAAUCUCCUCACACAAGCAUCCAGUGGCAAAAAGUUCCGUGGAAUCUAUCCGGUUCAGAUCUUGACCUGGAUCGCAGCAAAUCAGAAAAUAAUAGCAUACUCUCGGACACUAGCACAGAACCCAGUUCGCACAGUUCCCAUUCAGGUCAGGGCCGACCAGAUCAAGGUCCCCAGAUGCGCCUAAAUAGGGCAUUUGCACUGCGCCGGGCACGACUGGAAGCAGAGAGUGGUAAAAAAGGCAAAGAAAACCGUGCAUCCACAUCAGGUAGCCAGCCAAAACCUAUGAAGAAAUCUGGAAAACUGUCUUCUAGCACUUCAACUCUUCGUGAUGAUAGUAGCAGUGGAGGUGGGGGUGGUAGCAGUAGCAGUAAAAUGAGCUUCAGACUGUCUUCAAAUCUCAAUAAACCAUUUGCAGGUCGACAGUUAGCUCCACAGUGCUCUGAUCCUUUAAAAAGGAAGAAUGAGUUGAAAGCAGGCCAUAGACGCAUAGACAGUGAUCCUGGCAAAGGAAUUCCUAUCUGGAAAAAUGAAUCGCGUCCAGUCACUUCUGAUCAUGAUGAUAAAGGGGCAGCUAAAUCUGUCCCAAUGGAUUUGUCUCUGGAUGAAACCCGACUACAAACUUUUCAUCGAUCCGUAUCUUGUAGUAUUGUGAAUGAAACGGAUGUGCCAAAAUCAAAGGGGUACCAUCGCGGUAUAUCCUCUCAUCGAGAUUUUCCUGCCUCACUUAUCAAAAAUUUAGAUUCGUUAAUGUCUGGUUCUCAGAUUGUGUCUAGUCAAAAUAUGGAUGAUUAUCAAUGUAGAAGCUCAAACAAAGAAAUAACUGCAUUAGAUUCUCUAGUCAUUUCUGCCAUUCAUCAGCUGGCUUCAAAAUUAUGGUCCAAUUCUAAGCAAUUACUGGAAAGAGAAAGGAAAAAAUGCCCAAAAGGAAGUGAUACCUGGUUGAUGAUAGAUGAAGUUCUGCCACAAGGUCCCGUAACAGGAACACCUGAGGAUGGAGAUUUUACAAAAGAUUUGUCUAGUAUUUUGAAAAACUUGAAACGAGUUGAACAAGGUUUAGAUGUGUUAUCAUCCAUUUUGGAAAAUGGACGCGAUCCGGAACCAGGUAUUAACUUGCAAGAAAAAACACCUCUGCCACAAAACUUCUUUGUUGUGAAUAUGUAAUAAUAAUGUGCUUUGAUCUGCUUAAAUAAUUUUACGUCUUCAAAAAAUUGUAAAUAACAAAGAACAAAACACAUUGAAUUAGCAGAGGCAUAACAAAUUUAGUAUUACUUUAAAUGCUUUUUAAGAAACCUGCCAUUUUAUUGCACUUGAAUUCGACUAAGUAUAGAUGAGAUUUAAAGUAUAUUAUACAAUUAUUUUUAUAUAUUUUCAUCAUUUUUAUUUAGAUUUGACUUGAGGUUUCUUUUAUGAGAGUAAUAAAAGUAGAAAGUUAUCUCUUAAAACAAUCAAUCUUAUUAAUGUUCAUCAUAUAAUUUUUAUGAUAUUUUUAAUUUAUUUUCAUGUCUUAAUGAUUUAUAUUAAUUUUAAAAAUGCAUAUUGUUUUUCUAUUGAUGCACUAAAGAUAUAUUCAAAUAUAUUGAAAACUUCAUUUUGAAUAUAUUUUUGUUUAUUGGUGAAUUGAUCGCACUGAUAUGAAUUAAUAAUUUUUAAUUAUCUUUAAAUGAGAUUUACAAAAGAAAGAAAAAGUUAAUUUCUUCAUUACAUUUACCAUGAAUACUUACACUCACAGUAUAAGAUACGUAGGGAAAUGUUGUUACAUGUAAUUUGUAUUACUUAUUUAUUGAAUGUAAAAUUUCAUUUAAGUAUUUGGAAUAGCCUUCUUAUUCUCUAUAAAAUGAGAUGAAAACAGUAGCUACUAACCAUUUCAUUUGUUUUUAUAUUCAUAAAUGAGACACAUAAUUUCAACAACUAACUUUCCUAUUAUUUACAAACUUGCUGAUUUGUUAAAUGAAUAAAUGAAACUGAAAGGCACUAGUAGCUCCUGGCAUAAAUCACUGUUCUGUAAUCAUUUUUAAAAUAAACUUUGCUUUUCAAUCUCAUCUGUACUUGGUUACGUAUGCUACCUAUGUGAAUAGAGCUACAGAAUUUUAAGUGAGCCAUUACACCCUGCUAUAAAGGACAUUUAACAAUUGUAUAUUUUUUCUACCUCUGUUAAAAUACUGUGAUAUUUUUUGUUCUUUUGGACUGUUCGCUUUUAAAAAAUUGCAGUUUUUCUCCCUAGCAAAAACUUUUCCGAUUACUGCUUUUAAGUGUUUAAGGGGAAAUAUUUAUAAAAUUGUAUUUGUUUAAUCUGUUCAAAAUGUGUAUGGUGAAAAAUUUGUUGUUAAAAAAAAUCUGUUACUUGUAUAUUGUGCAUUUGUUAAUUGAUGGAAAAUAUAUAUCCGUUAAACUCAUUUCUGUCGUUUAAAAUGUUCACUUGCAUUUCCAUCAUGAAUUGUUAAUUUUACAAAAAAAAUCAAUCAAUCAAUCAAUAUUUUUGUCUAAUACUUAAUUUUUUAUUAAAAAGGGAAGUUAAAUUUAUAUUUAUUUUUUAAAUUGUGCAUCAGUUGUGUAGCUAAGAUUUUUUCAAUACUUAUGAGUAAUAAUGAAAUAUUGUCUUUUCAUGCGUAUUGAUUUUAAGUUGCUUUGAAUUGAUUAAAAUAUAUUUUUAUUAAAUGCCAUUAUUCUAACAUGUGGCAGUACAGGUAUAUGUGUAUUGCUUUACUUAUGUCCACUAAAAUCAAGAUUUAUAAAAAAUAAUCCAAAUUGUACAAUAGACUUGCAUUUUUAUGAAUCUUUUACUAGCAAGCAGUUUCAACAAAGUUAUUUAUAAUAGCAUCAAGAGUUUUUUUUAUUAUUGUUUUUUAUUCAGUAAAUCGAAUAAAAAAACUUUAAAAUCUGGACAUUAGAAAUGAAUCCCAUUAAGAAAGUAUUACUUUUCAUUCCCUUUUACAAAUUGUACCAUUACAUUCCAAGUUCUGUAAUUACAGCAUUAUACAGUUUAUUUCUGAAUCUAACAUUAGUAUUUGUAUCUUUGUUAUGAUUCAUGCAAGAUGAAAUAUUUCAAAACAUUUAAUUGAAUAGCUUAAAAAAAUUAUUACUAUUAUUAACAGUUUGUUACAAAUAAUGACACUAAAUAAAUAAAGAAUACUGGAAUUUAAAGAACUUUUUAAAAUAGAUUCCCACUUACAACAUUUAAUUCUGAAUUGAAUUUGUAAAAAUGCCAGCCCAUUGUAUGUAAUUAUAGAAAAUAUCUAUUUUUUAAAUAUCUAGGCAUUUUAAAUUGAACACAUUCGAGUAGCAUUUACGUUCAGAUUGUUUGAGUAUGAAAUGGAGCUUUUUAAAGUUGUUAAACUUGGUUUCUCUAAAUGCGCACCUGGAAAUUUCAGGUGCUUAAUUUAAUAAAAAGUGCACAAUUUCUGCUUGCUUCUUAAGAAAUAUGGUGCUAUUGUGUGUGUGGUUUUAUGAUUUAAUGGGCAAUGGUAUUAUAAUCAAAUAAAAAAUAUAUGAUUUAUAUUUAAAAUGCAAUAAUUUUCAAUUAUGUGUAAAACUUAAAACAUUUACAUGAUUUGAUAUGUAUAUUGUUAGAUAUUGCAAGCAAUAUAAUGAUGCACUAUGUUAGGUGUAGUAAAAAAAAAAAAAAAAAAAAGCGUAUACUGAAAACCUAUAAUUUUUAAAUUCUUUUCAUUCAUAGAUUAUUAGUUGCAGAUGAAAAAUUGACUUGUAUUGACUAAUUUUCAACUAGUUUUUCUUACAACUAUGAUGUAAAUUUUUUAAUGUUUUUACUAAUGUUAUUAUUUUUCUUUCUUAACAGGUAUAGAUUUGUAGUUUAAAAUUACUGUUUGUGAUUUGUUAAACAUUAAAAUAUUAACUUUUUUUUCUAUAUUCAAAAGCAGUUAAAAAAAUAUCUUGCUUUUUUGCUGUUGUUGUUAUUGAUCAUCAAAAUGUAUCUACAGUGAAAACUCAGUAACUAGAAUAUAAAUUAUCCCUAAAAAGCCUGUGCAUACAAAUUUAAAUUUUUUGUUGAAUUUGUCUCAACUUGUAAUAUUAUCUAGUAGAGAUCUGAUAAUAGUAUAAAGGCAACUGUGUUAAAUGUGUGUUUGAAAUUAGUAAAUAUUUUCCAUAUGAACAUUUAGCUUUAUGCUAUUUGUUUUAUAGUUAGAAUUAUUUCUCCUUUACACAGUAAUAUAAAUAAUGAGUUGUAAAUUGUGUUAAUAUUUUAUGUGGGAGAAAUAAAAUAGUGUGAUUCUUAAUGGGUUUGAUGACAGCAUCUUUGAUACUUUUACAAAGACCAUUCCCUAUGUGAAAUUGUAACAUUCUUCUAUGAAAAUAUCUUUAAAUUUAAUAGACAUAUUCAUUCAAAGAAUAUUCAAACUCUUUGAAUAAUUUUUAUUUCUACUAUUUUGUUUAUUAAAUAUUUUGUUGUCCCACCUAAUAAUUAAUAUUUUAAAUUUAACUUAAAAUUAGAAGUAUUUAUAUUUCAGUAUUAUGAAUGGAAUUUUGUUUCAUAAUUGUUCUGUUAUUUUAUUAUCGGAGUUUAUCAUUUUUCAUUUUGUUUUCUAUUAUUCAGUACUCAAAUUUGAAGAUAGAAGGGAGUAAAAUAAAUAAUUUUAAUCAAUUAUAUAAAUGAUAUUGUGGAGAUAUAUUUUUCAUUUUGAACUUUUUCUAUAAAUAAAAAAAAUUAUGUUAUAACUAUCAUAACUAUUUACAUUUUUGUAAAUGAAUGCAAAAUUGCAUAUUGAAAAUUAUAGCAAUUCUAUUUCAACUUUACAAAUUCAUAAAGAAAAAUGUAAAGAUUUUGAUUAAUAUUUUAGAUUUUGUGAAAUGAUAAAAUACUACUUUUUUCACACCUUUUUUUCUUCUGUUAAUCCUAGAGCUUCAGUUGAGUAAGUUUCUUAUAAAAUUUAUUUCUCACGUUUUUUAAACACUCAUUCAUGUUGUCAUAAUUUUUGAAAUCAUUCAUAUUUUUUGUCAACAUUCAUGUGCAGUAAAAUCUGCAAACUUGACUUAAUAUGGACUGAAAGGGAGUUAAUGAAGUUUUUGUACUCAUGGUGCACAUGCAAUAAUUUACUACAAAUUUAACAAGAUUUAUAUGUGUAGAAAAUCUGUUAAUAAAGCAUAACUGCAGAAGUAAGCUAUAAAAUCUUUCUUAGUUUUUUUAAGAGAUAGUUAGCCACAUGUGGAGAAUUAUUUGUCAACUCUGAUGUCUUUCACAUUCAUGCCAUCUUAUGCUGUUUUUUAUAUGUAUAUUUAUGAUAAAAUUAGGCAUUUAUUUAAAAAUGAAUUUGUGGGGAAUUAUUAGAAAAAUUUCAGUCCUUCACUGUGCAACUUAUCCUUGCAGGAAACAAAUUAUGCAAAUGAAGUGUUAAUUAUUAAUAAAUAAAUAUAUGUUAAGAAGUAAAUUUUGUUAAAUAUCUUUAAUAAAUUAUGUUAUUUUUUUAUUAGCAUUAAAGAAUCAGUUUUAAUCUUUUCUGUCAAUAUUAGUGCAUAUCUACUUAUAUUUUUGUACUAAAUUAAUUAGAAUCAUAUUUAUUUUGAAAUUGAAUAUUUUUGAUUCAGCAAAAUGCAUAUUUAAUUUUGUGUAUGAGUGUGAAUUUUUUGAAAUAAUUAAAUAUGCAUUUUGCAUUAUAGAAAAAAUUAUCCAUCCAGUAUUUUGUAUGUAUGAAUUAAAACUCAAGUAGGAACUUUCAAUCUACUAUAUGCUUUUUUCAAUGAAUUCAAAAUCGCCACAUAGUAGAUAUGUAUGAAUUAUUGUAUUCAUAGCAUGUCUGGUAGUAGCUAAUUGAUAUGUGUAUAUUUUUUGUUUUCCAUGAAUGCAGAAGAUGUAUUUUUUUCUCUGUAACUUUAUUUUAUAUGAUGAAAGUUAUAGAUGACAAAUUUGCAUGGUGAAACAUGCAAGAAAUUUAUAUUGCAUAUUUCCAAUUAAUUACUGAAUUGUAAGUAUUCUGUAAUGUAUUGCAGUUCAUUGAAUUAACAAUCCAAACUAUACAGACUUAUGUAUAUUUUGCAAUAAGGAACCUAUAAUCGUUAAAAUUAUAGUGAGUUCCCCAUUAUGCAACUGUAUUCAUUUGAAGUUGUGUUAUGGAACUAUGGUAUAUUUAAAGAUAUGAAUUUUUAAAACUUAAAUUAAAUUUAUUCAGAUACAAUAUAAAGUAAUGUAUUAUAGUAAAUGUAUUUCAAGAUGCAUCCAAAUUUACCAACAUUUCAACCAUAUGUUAUUUAUUUUUAAUAUGCCAAAUGCAUAUUCUUGUGUUUUAUUUCUUUUCUGUUUGUGUUUAUCAUUUGCUAGUGAUUUCUAGGUUUUUAAAUGUAACCUUAAAAAUCUGUCAGAAUUUCACAUGAAUAUUAGUAUUUAAAACUUAUUUAUGUGAAAUCAUUUUUAGUUUUAAUUUUAGGAGAUUAAACUAGUAGACUGCUGUCAAAUCUAAUUUUGAAAAUUGAAGUGACUUAAAUCACUUAUCAACUUUCUUGCAUAUUUUUUUUUAAUUUCAUGCAUGCACUUUUGAAUAUUGAUAUAAAAAUUCCUUAAUGAAAUAGAAAAAUGAAUCCGAUGAAAGUUUCUGUACUGCCAGAUUUGAUAUUUUAGUGUACCUUCAUUUAUCAUUGUUAUGAAAUAUGUUGUUUAACUUCCAGCUACUUCAGAAAAGUUAGUUUGAUUAGAAGGUGUGUGAAGUUUGCUGACUGAAUGAAAAAAGUCAAUUUGAUCAUGAAAGAAAUUUUGUGGUAACUUUUCUUCAAUUUUUGUUAACAACAGUUCCAGUUUUUAUAAAAAAAUUGUUUUUCAGCAUUACAAUUUUUAUGCAUUAUAACUAGGUCUGUUUUUGCUUUUGAUGUGCAGAAAUGGAAACUUGGUUAGUAUAGUCUUCUAAAGAAAAAACUUGAAAAAAUUCCAUAUAAUGAAAUAGAUAUCAGAUUUAAUCUGAUGAUAGAUAAUAUAGAUGCAAAUUCAAUUGAAAUGAUUGUCUUGAAAAGAUUUUACUUUAAAUCUUUAAAGAUCAAUUAAGAAAGCUUUCUAAGAUGUAAUUUUAAAAAAUCUAUAGUUUGUUGAAAUGAAUAACUUUUUAAAUAUUCAUCUAAAAUGUCGAUUAAUAAUUGUAUUUUUAAAGAGAUGCAUGGAUUAUAUAUUUUGAAAUCAGGGUUUAUAUUUCAAAAAGCUGAGAUAUGAUUUAAUUUCCUUAGUAGAUCACAAAAAAAAAUGUAUGUAAAUCAAGCUAUAGUCUAAUGAUUAUUACAAAAUUUAUACAAGCAUAUUGGUAUUAGCAUAAACAUGAAAAGUCAUAGUUUCUCACUAUUUAUUUCUUCAUUUGAAAAUUAUUAGUCAUAUAAUUGCUAUUUAUCAAUAAAAACUUGUAGAUAUAAAGGUUUGAAUUUUUCAAAAAAUAGAAGUUAAUGAAUCGUUUUCAGAAUAAUUGUCUGUAUUAUAGCAAUAAGUUAGCAAUUUUUUAAAGCAAUAAAAAUUGGGGGGGGGGGAAUAUUACAACUAAAACAUCCAUGCCUAUUUGGAUCUUUUUUUUUUUUUCAAUAGGCAGUAUUAAAGAAGCUUUUAUUUUGGGACUGAAAAUAUAAAAAUUGUUUGUAAGAAUUUUGUAUUGUCUGAUUUUAAUCUUUAUAGAGUUGUGAUUUUUUUUUUUUAAUUAUGCUUAAUAGAAGUACUUUGUUGUAGUUGCUGCGUUUUUAUUUCUGGUUGCAUUUCUUGCAUGCGUGUUUCUGUACCAUCUGUAUUACAUUUCAUUUAAGGAAAAAAUAUAUUUGAUUGAGUUCCUUCAAAACCGAUUCUUCUUAAGAUCUGCAGGGUUUUAUUUCACACGCUUCUUUCUUGUACAUUACAAUGGUUACAAAUAUAAUACUGUAAAAAAGCUGACUUAAAAUAAAGUUGUAUAAUGUGUGAUGUAAUAUGAAUGGAACGUGAAAUGUUUGUAUAUAUCAGAAGUAAUAAAUUAACAUUUUUUAGAA